UUACUAAAAUCGAUUGAAAUAGCUCUUUAUCUCUUACAUUUUAACCCAGUGAUGCAGGUGUUUCCUGAUGUUAUUCAACAUGUUUAUCUGGAUAUCUCAGUAAUCCAGUACAGUAGUGGUUCCCAAACUUUUCAUGACAGACACCCCUUGUCUGAGAAAAAUUGCCCCCACCCCCAUUGUGCAAAUAUUGAAACACUCACAUAUUUCCUGCAAGUUAACUUUUAUUAAACAGAUGCCCAUCAGCUAUUGCAUAGCUUUUCAUUACACUUAAAUAGUUUAGCAGUUUAACCACUUUUAUUUGAUAUGAUCAGAGCUCUGGUUUCAAAUAUUUAAACAUUUUAACUUCUCUCUGGGUGACCAGUCCAUAUAAUGUUCAUGCCGUUUUAUUAACAACUAAGCUAGCUAGCUAGCUUGUUUAGGAUCCCGGGGUCCAUUCCGUUCCGUUCUGUAACGUUCCCCCCUAACACACACACAACAAAGCAAAAGCUAAAGGCUACUGACCAUCACGAGCGCACGGAGGGAGUCAGUGCUGCACUUCAGAGUGAUAGAUUAGACAAUCAUUCUUACCUUGUAAAGAUGCAAAAUUAUAACUACAUUGCAUACGGUGUAAAUCUAGGUUGUGAAGCUCACUAGGUUGGGGUUGGUACUGGGACUUAUUUUGUGUUGAACGGUUUAGCCAGUCUCGUAGCCAUACACAGGACGUGCCGAUUUGAUUAAAGAAAGAUAGCUAGCAUGGCUAGCAACCAUUUGCGCUAACUAACCCCAUUGCUGUCUUCUGGUAGCUAUCAUCUGCUAUCAUCACAGCAAACUAGCCAACAGGAGACGUUUGUUCUCUAAAAACGGAUUCGUUCGUCAGAACCAGGUAGAAAGUCGAUCAACCAUUAAUAUGUAAGUGAAUCAAAAAGCAAAAUUUUCAGACUAAUGAGGAUACCCUUCUCUGAUUUAGCGAUGUAGGAUAACGAUAGCUGACUCAAAUUUUGCUCACCUUCAUAGAUGGAAAAGUGACCAUACCAUCGAAUGACCUGCCAGCAAAACAAGAUGUUUUCAAUCGUUAAGUACAAGUCAAUUGACUAUGUAUUUGAGGUACGAUCGUUUUUUUUUUAAAGAUUAUUCAUUCAAUAUCAUAAACCACUGCCUGGCUGUGAAAUUCGCCUGUAAUGCUACUUCUUAUUUUGAACAGGCCACAGCUAGGCGUAAAUUGACAUUAAGUUGCCUGCUUCUGCCAAUGCCUUACUACAACAUCAACAUAGACGAAACCUAUCCUCACAGUGGUACUCUACCUGAUGAUGCUUAUCGAAAGCCAUGGUUUCGAGGAAACAUAAUUUCCACCAGCAGUCUGAACAUGAACGGAUCAAUAAUGGAAGACCUAAAGUCUAAAACACUUUCUAUGGAUUCUCUGGAAAAAAUGAGUGCUACUGACCACCUGAAUAAAGAGGAAGCUUUGGAGAUAGUCCCCAGCUCCAAUCCUGCUUCCCAGGCCUAUCCCGAGGCAGAGGAGGCCCUUUGGCUGGUCACCCAGAGAAAGAGUGAAGCUGGUGUAUCCCUGGUAGACGACUUUACCAGGGCGCCAGGAAACACCAUGAGUGUGGGUCAUGAAGAGCUUCAACUUGAGGAGUUGCUGGUUAGCUCCCCCCUACACCAGUUCAGGAAGAACAUGCCGCCUUUACGGGCCAAACUGAGCCGGUUGAAAGCUGUGUUGGUACCGGACCCCCUACAAAUCCUAAUGGGAGGUUCCCUGUCUGAGGAUAGGAUUUUCGGGAGAUGUGUGCCCUAUGAUGUCAGUUCAUGUGGUAAUGCAGACAGCUCUCAGAUGGGGUCAAGUGUCAUAGAGGAGUUUAGCAAGGUGUCACCUCAGGAUGAAGAGUCCUUAAUGUUGCUUGAAGUGGAAUCCUGUACCAUGCACAAAGCCUCCUUCAACACUUCUCUAGCAUACCUCUCUAAUACUCUACAAGUAAAACAAGAGCCUGAUGGAGACCAGGUCUCGUGUGUAGAGAUGCUUAAAAAAGGUGAGCUACCUGGAAACCUCAACUUUAGCUACGGGAAUGAGUUUAUCAACAGUUCUGUUAGAGCCCUGCUAGCGUUGUCCCUGUUCUUACAGUGA